ACGUACAGUAGAAAAAAGUCCUUGACUGAGAUAAACGGUGGAUCUGCGCUGGUGACCAGAGAUGCGUCUUCAUUUCGCCGUCGGGGUUCACAGAAAACGCUAACGAACAACAUGAAAAAUCUAAGAGUGUUAAUUUUUGUAACUACGUUGUGCGCAAGCGUUCUUUGCCAGUUUAACAGCAGGUAUAGUAAUCGUCAGCAGGAACCGAACUUCGUCAGGGACGUACCUCAGGUGACCGGUGGUUCCUUUGGAAGUUGUCUCGAGCCUAAUGGUACCUUCCCCACGAGCAUGUGCGACGGUUACAUUCAAUGUGUCAACGGGAUCGCCGAGGAAAAAAUUUGCCCAGAUGGUCUAUUGUUUAAUCCUUCAACUGGGCCUCACGCCUUCCCGUGUCAAUACCCCAUUGACGUAGACUGCACAGGCAGGGAACAAACUCAACCCGCCCAAGCAACUGACGAAUGCCCUCACCAAUUCGGCUACUUCAGAAUAGGUGAUGCUCAAAACUGCGGCCAGUUCAAGAACUGCGUUGACGGCCGGGGUUUUAUUUUCGACUGCCCAGAAGGUUUGGCUUUCAACGGGGAUACCUAUAGGUGUGACUGGCCCGACCAAGUGCCGUCAUGUGACGCUGAAGCGUAUUUGGGCUUCUCCUGCCCUCCCGACGCGAGAGCGUUCGGUUUUGGGCAGGAAGAGUACCGGUACUUCAGGUCGCCGAGUGAUUGUCAGCGGUAUUUCGUCUGCAUCGAGGGAAAACCGCGCCUAUAUAACUGUGGCAACGGGAAGGCUUUCAAUGAUUUAAGCAAUCAGUGUGACGAUGUUGAGAACGUCACUGGAUGCGCGAUACCGCAGUACCAGGACCGCAGUACCGGACCCGUCAAAUUGACGUCUUUUAACGAUAAUAGAUAUAAUAGGUUCUAAUUUAGUUUGAAUGAAAUAAAGCAUAAGUUAUAAAACAUUAGGCCGAUUCCUUAUUG